AGGAAGCCCGAGAGCUGCCGCGCGCCUGCCGGACGAGGGCGUAGAAGCCAGGCGUCAGAGCCCGGGCUCCGGUGGGGUCCCCCACCCGGCCCUCGGGGCCCCCGCCCCCUGCCCCCUGCCCAUCCCAGCCCACGCGACCCUCUCGCGCGCGGAGGGGCGGGUCCUCGACGGCUGCGGGAAGGUACCAGCCCGCCCCGGAUGGGCAUCGUGAAGCCGGGUUGCGGAGACAUGCUGACGGGCACCGAGCCGAUGCCGGAGAGCGACGAGGGCCGGGCGCCUGGCGCCGACCCGCAGCACCGCUACUUCUACCCGGAGCCGGGCGCGCAGGACACUGCCGAGCGUCGCGGGGGCGGCAGCCUGGGGUCUCCCUACCCGGGGGGCGCCUUGGUGCCCGCCCCGCCGAGCCGCUUCCUUGGAGCCUACGCCUACCCGCCGCGGCCCCAGGCGGCCGGCUUCCCCGGCGCGGGCGAGUCCUUCCCGCUGCCCGCGGGCGCCGAGGGCUACCAGCCGGGCGAGGGCUACGCCGCCCCGGACCCGCGCGCCGGGCUCUACCUGGGGCCGCGUGAGGACUACGCGCUACCCGCGGGGCUGGAGGUGUCGGGGAAACUGAGAGUCGCGCUCAACAACCACCUGUUGUGGUCCAAGUUUAAUCAGCACCAGACAGAGAUGAUCAUCACCAAGCAGGGACGGCGGAUGUUCCCAUUCCUGUCAUUUACUGUGGCCGGGCUGGAGCCCACCAGCCACUACAGGAUGUUUGUGGACGUGGUCUUGGUGGACCAGCACCACUGGCGGUACCAGAGCGGCAAGUGGGUGCAGUGUGGAAAGGCCGAGGGCAGCAUGCCAGGAAACCGCCUGUACGUCCACCCAGAUUCCCCCAACACGGGAGCACAUUGGAUGCGCCAGGAAGUUUCAUUUGGGAAACUAAAGCUCACAAACAACAAGGGGGCGUCCAACAAUGUGACCCAGAUGAUUGUGCUCCAGUCCCUCCAUAAGUACCAGCCCCGGCUGCAUAUUGUUGAGGUGAACGACGGAGAGCCAGAAGCCACCUGCAAUGCUUCCAACACGCAUAUCUUUACUUUCCAAGAAACCCAGUUCAUUGCCGUGACUGCCUACCAGAAUGCCGAGAUUACUCAGCUGAAAAUUGAUAAUAACCCCUUUGCCAAAGGAUUCCGGGAGAACUUUGAGUCCAUGUACACAUCUGUUGACACCAGCAUCCCCUCCCCGCCUGGACCCAACUGUCAAUUCCUUGGGGGAGAUCACUACUCUUCUCUCCUACCCAACCAGUAUCCUGUUCCCAGCCGCUUCUACCCCGACCUUCCUGGCCAGGCGAAGGAUGUGGUUCCCCAGGCUUACUGGCUGGGGGCCCCCCGGGACCACAGCUAUGAGGCUGAGUUUCGAGCAGUCAGCAUGAAGCCUGCGUUCCUGCCCUCUGCCCCUGGGCCCACCAUGCCCUACUACCGAGGCCAGGAGGUCCUGGCACCCGGAGCUGGCUGGCCUGUGGCACCCCAGUACCCUCCCAAGAUGGGCCCGGCCAGCUGGUUCCGCCCCAUGCGGACUCUGCCCAUGGAACCCGGCCCUGGAGGCUCAGAGGGACGGGGACCAGAGGACCAGGGUCCCCCCUUGGUGUGGACUGAGAUCGCCCCCAUCCGGCCGGAAUCCAGUGAUUCAGGACUGGGAGAAGGAGACUCUAAGAGGAGGCGCGUGUCCCCCUAUCCUUCCAGUGGUGACAGCUCCUCCCCUGCUGGGGCCCCUUCUCCUUUUGAUAAGGAAGCUGAAGGCCAGUUUUAUAACUAUUUUCCCAACUGAGCAGAUGACAUGAUGAAAGGAACAGAAACAGUGUUAUUAGGUUGGAGGACGCCAACUAAUUUGGGAAAUGGAUGAAGGACUAAGAAGGC